UGCGUCCAUUUAUUUUAGAGCAAAGCAAACGCGAAACUGUGUCUUAAGCUACUUAAUUCGAUUAAUCACCAACGCAACAAAUUACAUGAAACGCAAAAACUAAACGAGUUCGAGUGUAAAAGAGACCCAUUUUUCAGGCGCACUUUUUACCGCUCUAAUUGGUUAGAAGUAUUUUAACCGGUUUAAGCGCUCAUCAAUUUUGAUUAAAAAUGUUUCCACUACCUUCAAAUUUUCAAAACGAGACAUGCGAGAGCAAAUGGCCCUUUUCCCUAACAUAACGGCUACAUUUUCGCUGCAACAACGUAUCCAACACUAAAACGUGUCACAUUUGUAAUAAAGUGCAACAAAAGUACCAUCUGACCACCAUUACCAAGGAUUUAUUCAGCGUUUCCAAAGCCCGGAAAAAUUAAACUACAAAUCAGGAAUAAAAAUCACAUUGUAACUGAAUGUGUAAUCAGCUGCGAUCGUCUCUGAGACUGCAGACUUAAUUAAAACCCUCAUAAAUAUGCAGCACAAUUACAUGUUUUAUUAAAGUGUGACAAAGCUCUCGCUCCAAAAAUACCUAAACUAUGAGCUAUUUUCCCCCUAAUCGGGUAUUUUUCGCGGUGAAAUGGCCUGUCUGCCGGCUGUCAAUUGAUCGGUGCGGAAGUGCACUAAAUCGCAAUUAUUUGGUGUAGCAGAUUUAAAAAUUAAACUGUGUCAAACACAUAUUUAUAACAGUCAACACACCCCAAUUGCUGCUUCUCGUGUUAAAAAUUCAAUUUAUUUGAGCUUUUAUGCCGAGUCAGCUGCUACAUAUCGUCACGUCAGAGCUUUUAUCUGGUUUCCUAUCUUUUGAAUUUUAAUAUUUUACUCUCGAUUGUACAACAGUGUGGACAGAGUGAAAUAUUUGUUGUUCCACGUUGAGGUGAAAGUUGGAGAACCGAGCUGAGUUUGUAUCAAAAGUUUUAAAAGAUUCAUCGGGAUAAGACUCCAAGUAGCGGAAAAUCUCAACCGAUUACGAACACAGAAUUAUUUACAGCAACAUGUACUUUACAUCUACUUAGAAUGAAGUACAAAUCGAAGUAGCUAAAUCAACGAAAUGAAGCGCUUGCAUCCUUCGUCUGGGAGAUAAACUCGAAAGCCGGCUUUUUACUUCCAUCCGGACGAUCAUGAAUGAGUUUGACGGCGUUGAUAAUUUCACUGAAGACACAAUGUCAACAGCCAGCAUCUAUCUGGAGGCAUCUAACGACUCCGACCAGCACAAUGGCACCGACUUUGCCAUGGAAUACGAGGAGUACAUCUAUGAUAAAGUCUACAUUAGGAUUAUAUUCAUCUCGCUCUACACCGUCGUCUUCUGUCUGUGCUUUUUCGGGAAUUUGCUGGUUAUUUUGGUCGUGACGUUAAGUCGACGCCUUCGAUCAAUCACCAACUUCUUCCUAGCUAAUCUGGCGGUGGCCGACUUCUGCGUGGCUGUUUUUUGCGUCUACCAAAAUCUGUUUAUAUACUUCGUCGACAGCUGGAUGCUUGGCGAGUUCCUGUGCAAGAUGUACAUGUUCAUCCAGUCACUCAGUAACACAGCAAGCAUUUUUAUCCUCGUUAUCAUCUGCAUCGAGAGGUAUUUUGCCAUAAUUUACCCCAUUACCUGCAAACAGAUCCUCACGCCGAGGCGACUUAGGUUAAUCAUUUUAGGAGUCUGGAUAACGUGCAUCCUCUACAGCGCCCCGAAAUUUUACUGGGGCAACACUGUGACCGUCCCAACCAAGAACAUGACAGAGACUAUGUGCGUCCUGAACAGGACCAAGUACAAUUCGGAAUUGUUCGACGUGACUCACUUCGUUUUGUUUUACAACAUCCCGCUAAUUAUUAUGUCAUUGCUCUAUUCGAGGAUUGCGAUUUGUCUCUGGAAUAGCUCGCAACAGUUGAAAAAACAACUCAACGCUUCCACGAAUCCCAAUCAGUACCAGGGGCUGUGUCAACGGCAAUCCAGUCGGUAUCGGAGCGAUAAAAAGGUGGCCAACGGCGACGCGAAACUCCUGCAGAACUCCUCCUCAAACAUGUCCACAUCCAACUCCAGCCAGAACGUCCUUGCAGCUCGCAGAGGCGUCAUCAAGAUGCUCAUAAUCGUGGUGUGUGCUUUCGCCGUGUGCAACUUGCCCUUCCAUGCUCGAAAAAUGUGGCAAUAUCGGUCAUCCAAUUAUCACGGGGACACCAACUUUAGCGCCCUCUUCACCCCAUUGACUUUCCUCGCCACAUAUUUCAACUCGGGAGUCAACCCUUUGCUGUACGCCUUCCUGUCGAAAAACUUCAGGCGGGGCAUGAGGGAGAUCCUCCUGUGCUCCUGCCGCAGGAGGCGCCAGCCGGGGAAGAGCAACCAUCUGAGCCUGCAUGUGGGCAUCCAGAGGCACGCGUCCACCAGGUCCACCGUCAAAGCCAACGCCACAACGGUCACGAUUGUGAACAAUGACCACAGCUCGGAAUGCUCGCACGAUGUAUGAGGCUGCGCUUCCUGCCUCUACUGUUCCAAAUACAGUUAAAGGGGCAGAGGCCAUUGUAAAUAGCAACCGAUUAAAGUGUUACAAAUUUGUGAAUUUGAUGUGAUGUUUGCUUGUAAAUACUUAAUGAUUGUAAAUUUAAUAUGUAUUUUCCUACUUGUUUCAAAAGACUGUAAACGAAUGUAUUUUAUAAUAAUCAAACAGUA